AUGAAGAGGGCCCCCGUCGCCGCCGUCGUCGCUGCGCCACUGCUGCUCCUGGCCGCGGCCGUGGGUCUGGCCAGGGCGUCGUGCGAGUGCGGCUACCUGGACCCGACGACCAACGAGCUGUGGACAGAUGCGAGCAUCACCUACUUCAACGAGAGCGGCACCGGCGAUGUUGCCUAUGAGGGCGCCAAGUCCAUCUACGGCAAGGAUGCACCGACGAAAAGUAACAGCAGCCCGACGGGCGAGACGGGCGGGCAGGCGUGGACAGUCGUCGGCGACCUGGUGCACGACUGGGAGAUGAGCUUUGGGGCAACGUGGCGCAGCGCCGUCAAGGCCAACAACACCUUUGCCGACGGCGACCUGGGGUUAGCCAUGCGUGUGUCGGUGCCCGACUUCCAGGAGCGCAUCGUCGACGGGGCACAGCUCGUGACGCGGCGGCGCGACAUUGAGUUUGGCUCGCUGCGGACCAUGGUGGUGCCGCCCAACAACACGGCCCAGGCGGGCGGGGGUGCUGCUUUCAAGUUUGGCACAUUCUACAACGAGAGUGAGACGGCAAGUAUGGGCCUCUUCUACAACGACCAUGCUGCGUCGGACCUGGCGCCAAACGUGACGGUGCGCCUCGACUACGCCACGCGCGGGCGCGACUCGGACCCGCUCACACUCAAUCUCACCUGGUUUGACGCCGACAUAGCUCAGACGUACGAGCACCGCAUCGACUGGCACUCGUCGAAGCUGCUCCAGUUUCGAAACAGUGGGAGCAACGCCAGCACGAGCCUCGUCAGCUACGAAAAGGGCUACAAUGCAAGCAACCUGCCGUCGGUCGCUGCCCCCGUCAGCUUCCAGUUCUGGUCCAACGGCGAGCCAAGCGCCUCGCAGGGCCCGCCGAUGUACACCGACCUCGUCACGCACGUCGUCUAUGCGCGCCUCUUCUUCAACUCGUCGCUGGCCCUGCGCAGGGACCAGUUUGCGGACCUGUGCGCCUCGUCGCCGCCCGCCGACAGCGUGUGCAGCACCGACGACAACACGCUCCGCGGCAGCACGCCCUUCGCUGUCGAGUCACUCGAGCGCGUGUUGCCGCCUCAUCCUCACUUCCGGGUGCCGAUCUGGGCAGUCAUCCUCGAGCUCGUCUCGGUGUGCCUCACCCUUCUUCUCAUCGGCCACGGCCUGCUCGUCCAAUUCCUGGCGCGGCGGCAGCUGAAACGGGAGCGGCGUCACCACCACCACCACGGCGGGCAUGACGGCGCCGAUGGCGAAAAGGACUUCUUUGCCCGGCCGAGCCUCAAGCGGUCCGGCAGCGGCACUGCUUCCGAGUGGGUGCCUGGCUCGGCGAGCGUCAUCUCACGGUCAGCCUCCACCUCGUCGCUCGCCAUGUGGAUCAACACCAUGCCUCUGGAGGCCGAGGCGGGCCACGACGCGGCUCAGGGCGGCGACGUGGGCGGUCAGCACGAGGGCGCGCUGCGGCAGCUCUUCCAGGGCUGGCACGACGACACGGCCGUGCUCGACCAGUCCUUUGACGACAGCGCCGUCGACGACUCGAUGGUGCAGGACCUGGGCAUGCAUCACCGGCGGGGCUAUGCAGGCGAGCGGGAGCCGGAGCUGCCUCUGCAUCUCCACCCUGCGCUGCCUCGACGGCCCGAUCGCACUUUUGAUGCCAGCGAUCGCCAGCGUCCUUCUCCCGUUCCUGCUCCGGCUGCCAUGUCGCAGUUCCAGCAUGUCGCCGCCGCCGCCGCCGCCAAGCAAGAAAAACCGCAGGGGAACCCCGUCAUUGCGCGCUGGAAGAGGCGCCGGGACGACGAGGACGGCGGCCAGCUCGCACAGCCGGCCGACCAAGCGGUGCAGGAGGCCAGGCGAAAGAGCUCUGCCGUCCACGUCGAGCCGACGCUCUUCAAGGUCGUCUCGUCGCGCAUCCGCCACGCGCUCCUCAUCGGGGGCGGCGAGAUGCAGCGCACGUCGACGGGUGCGACGAGGAUCGACUACCUGGACGGGAUGCGCGGCUAUGCGUGCUUGUUUGUCAGCUUCGGCCACUUUCUCCUCAUCUACUACCACGGCAUCUCCGACUUCUAUAGCCCGCACCACUACUACGAGUUUGAAAAGUGGUUCCGUAUCCUCCUGGGUGGACCCCUCAACAACCCGCUGCUGCUCCUGGGCACCUUUUUCGCGCUGCCCGCACGCACAAUGUGCCAGCGCUACCUCCUCCGCGGCGGCCUCGACUCGAUGGCCGACGCCUCGGUGCGCCGGCUGCCGCGGCUGAUGCUCCCCGUCGCCGGUGCCGCGCUCGCCAACUACUUUCUCAUCGACAUUUCCGCCUUCAAGUGGGUGCCGCGCCUCGCCUCGCGCACCUGGUCCACCUGGAGCUACUGGCAGGACUACGAGAAUGUCCUCGUGUUUGUCAAUGCCGUCCUCACGCUGCCCUGGGCAGGCCCGCCCGCGGAGCCGGCGUUGGUCACGGGCUACGCGACCGGCGUGCUCUGGACGAUCCCCGUCAUCGUGCAGGGCAUCUGGACAUGCAUGGUCUGCGCCCUCGUCGCCCACGAGAUCAAGCGGCCCUGGAAGCGGUUUAGCUUCUACGCCAUUUGCUGCGCCGCGAGCUGGUACGCCAACACGUGGGACUGCUUCUUCCUCUCGGGCCUCAUCGUCGGCGACCUCGACGGCAACCUCAAGUACCGCCAGUGGGCCGAGCGAGGCAUCCCGCUGCUGCCCCACUGGCGCACCUUUUUCCUCCGCGAGAGCCGUCCCUGGGCGCGCAUACAUGGCCGCUGGCUGGCCUGGAUCUACUUCCUGGCCUGCUGGGCCCAGCAGUACAUCCUCCAGAUCCCCAACGGCCCCGGCAACCUGAUGGAGACCGAGGAGCUCAACAUCCACCCCGACUGGCACACCUCGCGGCCCUAUGCCGACUCGGGCGGGCUGCCGUACAGCUACACGAACCCGCGCGUGUCUGGCUUUGCGCUCAUCCUCGGCCUCUUUAUCAUCGCCGACCUGAGCCCCGGCGUGCAGGUCUUCUUCCGGCUCCGCGUUUGGCACUUUCUCGGCAUGCACUCGAUGGGCAUCUACCUCUGCCACGGCCUCGUCUGGUGGACCUGGGAUGCCUGGCUGCUCCUUGAGCUCCUCGCCCGUGGCACGCCCUACUGGGCCGCCGUCACCGUCGUCUUUGUCACGGGCUAUGCGAUCCUCAUCCCGCUCGCCAUGUGCUUCACCUACACCUUUGAGCACUGGGCCACGCUCUUCUCCAAGGCCGUCUGGCGCCUCGCCUCGUGCGGCCUGGGCCGCAAGGUGUGA